AAACGGCAGUGUACAAAAUAUAACCACGAGUCGAUAUAUCGACGAGGCCCGCAAUUAAAAACGCAAAUUUGGCGACAUUUUCGUACGGGUUACUCUGAGGGAGGCAACAAGUAGAACACUUUAUUUAAAGUCUACGUAAAUCAUACAAUAUCCAAGGCAAAGAUGAGCGGCGAGCGUCCGAAGCGUCCAUUGUCAGCGUACAUGCUGUGGCUGAACGAGAACCGCGAACAGAUCAAAAAGGAAAAUCCCGGCAGCAAGGUCACAGAUAUAGCCAAGCGAGGCGGUGAGCUGUGGCGCGGCUUGAAAGACAAAACUGAAUGGGAACAGAAAGCCAUCAAAAUGAAGGAGGAUUACAAUAAAGCGGUAAAGGAGUAUGAGGCAAAUGGCGGCACCGAUUCCGGUGCGCCCAAGAAGCGAAAGAAGAUGGCCGCCAAGCCCGCCAAGAAGGCCAAGAAGAAAGAGUCCUCCGAGGAGGACGAUGACGACGAAAGCGAGUAAAUUCACACUGGCCACGUUCGCAUCAGUUUUAAAAUACAU